UCCGGCGCAGCAGCUCUGCUGGACAGACCAGUGCUGUGCUUUAGCAGGCAGGAUGGCUGAGCUAAUCUCUGUCCAGGACUUCAUCUCCCAGACCCAAGAGGAUCUGAGCUCUCCGACCACUUCAUCCUUUACCAGCCACAUGGGCAAAUGCAGGAGCACUGUUGGCAGCCUGGAGGAGGCCUUGGAUUCAGAUCGAACUGUUUUGCAAAAAAUGAGGAAAGCAGUGAAAGCAGAGCACACAACUGGACAAGAUCUCAUUAGCCACUUAGAAGCUCAUAUUGCUGCCCAGGAGAAGUUUUCAGGAAACUAUCACAACAACAGAGAGGAGAAACUGGCUGAAGCCUUUAGCACCUUUGCUUCAUUCUCCCGGGAUCUGCUAGAUGCUGUCAGGAACCUGUUGGUGAGCCUCUAUCACAACAUUAACUUUUCCCUGGACUCACUGAUCAAAGGUGAUUUGAAAGGGGACUUUAAAAAGCCUAUUGAGAAAGCCUGGAAAGACUAUGAGAGCAAACUUGCAAAGAUAGAGAAAGAAAAGCGGGAGCUGGCAAAACAGUAUGGAAUGGUGCGAGCGGAGGUUGUGGGAGGGGAGAUUGCUGAGGAGAUGGAAAAGGAGCGAAGGAUGUUCCAGUUACACAUGUGUGAGUAUCUAAUUAAAGUGAAUGAGAUUAAAACCAAAAAAGGAGUUGACUUGCUACAGAACAACAUCAAUCACUGCAACUCCCAGUUCAAUUUUUUCCAGACAUGUUUAAAGGCAACAGAGAAGCACAAACAGUUUAUAGAAAAUCUUACUCCUGAGCUUCAGACUAUGAAGGCAAAGCAGGAGGAGGAGAAGCAGCAGCUGUGCUCCCUUCGUGAUCGGCUGAAAACGUCUCUGCAGCUGGAGCCUAAAGAGGAUUCCAUUAAGAAACCAUUGAGGUACAGCAUGCACCAGCUGCAAGGAAAUAAGCAAUAUGGCACAGAGAGAUCUGGGAGCCUCUUUAAGAAGAGUGAUGGGUUAAGAAGAGUCUGGCAGAAGAGAAAGUGCACAGUCAGGAAUGGCUAUCUCACCAUCUCACACAGCACGUUGCAUCGUCUUCCAGUCAAGCUGAAUUUGCUCACUUGCCAAGUGAAGCCAAACGUGGAUGACAGGAAGUGUUUUGAUCUCAUUUCACAUAACCGAACGUACCAUUUCCUAGCAGAGGAUGAACAAGAGUGUACUAUAUGGGUCUCUGUCCUCAGCAAUAGUAAAGAAGAAGCCCUAAACAUGGCAUUCAAACAAUCACAAGAGAGGGAAGGGUGCAGCAUGGAGGACUUGACUGGAGCGAUCAUCAAGGAAAUAAAGCGAAUGCCAGGAAAUAGCAUGUGCUGUGACUGCUCAGCGCCAGAUCCAGCAUGGCUCUCCAUUAAUUUGGGAAUCCUGAUUUGCAUUGAAUGCUCUGGAAUUCACCGAGAGAUGGGUGUUCACCAGUCCCGUAUCCAGUCACUAGCUUUGGACAAGUUGGCAACCUCAGAGCUUCUAUUGGCUAAGAACGUUGGAAACUCACAAUUUAAUGACAUUGUAGAAGCCAAUCUUCCCAGCUCGUCCGCAAAGCCUGCUAUUGACAGUACAAUGACUUUUCGGAAGGAUUUCAUCAUUUCCAAGUAUGUGGAUAGGAAGUAUGUUGCUCGGAGGAACACAUGGAGCCCAGCUGCCAGGCUCAAGGAACUGCAGGAUGCCAUCAGAGGGAAGGAUAUAUUUGUCUUGCUUCAGGCACAUGCUGAAAAGGUGGAUUUAAGUGAGCCUCUGUCAGACUUCAGCCAGGAACCCGGAGAGACACUUCUCCAUAUGGCGGUUCUAGUAUGUGAUCGAACUUCUUUACAUAUUGUGGAUUUUCUGGUGCAGAACAGUGGGAGUCUUAUGAAGCAGACAUCCAAAGGAAAUACCCCCCUUCAUUACUGCAGCCUUCACAAUAAGCCUGAAUGCAUAAAACUUCUUCUGCGAGCUAAAGCCAACAUUUCAAUCACCAAUGAAGCUGGAGAGACAGUCCUCGACGUUGCUAGGCGAAUGAAUCAUGGUGUGUGUGAAGAUCUGCUAUUGCAGGCUCAAAAUGACCAAUUCAACAUGCGGGCUCACGUGGAAUAUGAGUGGCGGCUGGGCCAAGAGGACAUGUUUGAAAGUGAUGAUGAUCUGGAUGAAAAGCUCAGUCCAGUAAAGAAAGAUCGCUUUCAUCGCCCUCAAAGCUGCUACAAUCUGCCUGGAACAUUGUCUCAGUCAUGGAGAAAUCCAGCUGACUUUUCCAAGGGAGCUAGUCCAGCAUCUCAGGAGAAAUGCCAUGACACAUAUGCCAUCCCACACGCCUCUAGGUCUGCUGCAGCAGCAGCAUCCUCUCCUGUCUCUGCCUGUACAGGCCCACCGCUACCACCACGCAACACACCCAGAGCCCCCAGCUUCCCUCCUCCACUGCCUCCAUCCAGCCGGUCAGUGUUCCCUGCAGACACAGCACCAAGAAAGAUCUUGCCUCCACCUCUGACAAUUAGACAUAAGCGGACCUCCUCAGAGCCUUCCCCCUACACACCGUUGAAUGGCACCAGUCCAACUGAAGACACCAGAUCUUUUUCACUUCCAAGACGCUGCUCUCCAGAAGGAGCUUCUCCCAGGACUUUGAGUUCUGAGUCUUCUGAAGCAAUGCAGUCCUGGCAGCAAGCUUCCACGAACGAAACGAGGGCACCUUCUGAGCCAAACCAACACCCAAGGGAGAAUCACUGGGAUUCUUUCCACUCACAGGAACUAUCAGAUGAUGUCCCACCACCACUGCCAACAAGGAGAAGUGUGAGGAAUCCCCCUCUGCGCCGGGUCAGAGCUCUUUAUGAUUGUCAGGCUGACCAUGAAGAUGAGCUAACUUUCAAGGCUGGUGAGAUCAUUGUAGUAGAUGGACAGGAAGAUUCCAGUUGGUGGUGUGGCAGGAUUGAAGGGGAGCCUCACCGGAAAGGUGUCUUCCCAGCAACAUUUGUUUACAUACUGCAUGAAUAGAAAGAAGGUGGACGAAUGAAAGAACAUGCUUAUCAUUUACUCAAACUAUACCCCUCUCUACUUUAAGAGGGCCUCCUGCAGAGAGCAAGCACAAGACUUUUGAAGUGUACCUUUCACACCAACAAAUCAUCAGUCAACAGGACGGGGUACUGGGCCAGGAAUCAGACUCAUUGGCGCUGAAAUGCCAUAGCAGGGCACAAUCCACAUCCCAUUCAUUGGUAAAAUUUCCAUUGAUCUGAAUAGAAGAGGAUUGUACCAAAGUGUGUUAGCUGUUUGAUAAACACCUUGAGUGCCAUUUUUUUCUUGGUAGAAAUGUGAGGUACAAAUCAAAUAAAUACAAAAAUGAACUGGCCUCUUUCAUAACCAUUUGCAGAGGCCUAGGAGCCGCUUCUGUGUGAUGCGAUCUCUCAAUGCUUUCAGGGUGUGGAGUGAUCCAGGUGGAGAAACCCUUUUGAUUGGACCUGUCUGAGUGAUUGCUUCAUUCCCACAUACUCCCAAGUGGCAUGAGAUUGCACCGUGUGGGUCCUUGUGAAUGAUCCAAGUAUACAUUCUGGGAAGCUCCACCUCUUCUGAGAUGAUAUCACUCCUGCUCCCUUUCACUGCAAAGGAAAUUGAAGUGUCCCAUUGGAGAGUGUCCUCAACAGUAGAUGUAUGGAGCUCCUUUUGUAACUUAGAAUCAUAAGACGAGAAGGCGACAAAUUUCAACUUGCUCUAGGUAUGCUUCACCCAAAUAUUAACCAAUAUAAUCCAUACUAUUACAUGCCAGAGGAAGACAAGGAAUGAAACAAGGUAUACCGUAAGAAGGCACCUGUUGAGCCUAUAGGUCAAGAUGGCAGAAACAAGUGAGUCAAGAUGCAAAGCACAGGGAAACAUUUCACCCUUCUUCCUUUCCCUCUUUCCUCUAUUAACAAACAGUCAGAUUUAGGGACAUAUUCUUUCUGAAAUCCAACAUAGCAAACAAUCAGUCCCACGGAGUCCCCACUUCCACAUCCUCUUCAUGCAACAACCUAGUUCUAGCUAUGCAAUGUCUUGUUUGACCAAUGGAGCUCCACCCUGCAAGAAUUUGGAUGUGGGGAAAGCGUCUACCUGACACUUGUGGCAGGUGGAGGGGGCCAUAAUUGAAAUAUCAAAAGGAAAAAGAUCACAGAAUAUUUCAGGCUUUGCAAAUGUGCCCAACUCUGCCAUGAAACUAGUAAAAUGAUUGUUUGUUAAGCUAAACUAGAAUGACACAUAUUUAAUAAUUAGAAGCCUUCCAAAUCACCAAACUAGACUUAUGACUCAACUACCACUUCUGAUAUAUUUGUAGAAUUAAACAGUAUACCUUCCAGACCUCUUUCCAAUCUAAACAGGAGUUUCUUUUAUAUCCGUUUGGUUUCAUACCAAUGAUUUCAGUAAUGAGAACUGAAUUGCUCUGAAUUUUUCUUUGUUGAAUAUAUGAUCAGAA